CAGCCCCGAGUGUAACUCAGCAGAGUUUCGCUGUUGUCGUCCGAUACCACCGCCCAGCGACUGCGAACAUGUUUCUCUCAGCAGCCACGGCCCAGCUCCGGAUAUCGGUUCAGCAGACAGCCGCCGCAACCAGUCAUUCCCUCCCCGGUUCGGCCUCGUCGUCAGCAGUAUCAUCGCCUCGGGUUCUCCGGGCGGCUCUGUCCCGGACGACCCACACAACUCCCACGGACUUGCUCGGGCGCCCCGGCCCGGUUGCUGUCCAAGAUGCGACUGUCCAACAUUCGGACCAGCCCACCCUGGCUGUUCCGGUUCUGCCGCCCCGUCAGCGCUCCAUCUCGGCCGGCGGUGUUCUGCCAAGGAGGCAAGGUCGAGCACCGGUGCGGAUGCGAGCGGAGACAAGCACCCCGGCUUCACGAACUCCUCUCCACCCAAGCUCCCAGAAACAGGCGGCCAUCAACAUCAUCGUCCAUUCUAAUGACGUGCAUCGCGCUGACCAGCUUACAGCCCAUCCCCCACUGACGUCGGCGUUGUUCUCGGGCCAUUUGUCGCCAUCGAAUGGUCGACUCUCGCCAAGUACGAUCCCUACCCAUCCAGCGGCCACGCGCCUCGACAUUCCCAAGAUUGAGCUCGACCUCUGUGCAGUUCCGGGUACCCAGAUGCAGAAGAUGGCUCUGAGAAAAUCGCACAGUGUCGAUUUCCCAAAGUCGGCUAUAGUGUCCACAGGCGCUGGGCUGUCGACCCCAUCAUCUCCGCUGAUCGACAAGAUCAAGUGCUUUGCCAUUGCCCUCGAGGAGGAUAUCAAACACGUCAAGGAUGUCGCAGCCAAGAAGGGUGGCUGGGUGUCGACUAUAGCCGAGGAUAUCACCACCAGCGCGAAAGUCGUCCCGAUACCCGGGUCGGCCUUGGAUGCAACGGCAGAAGCAGCGGCACGGACCCCGAGCACUGCAUCCACAGCAACACCAACAGCAACACCAACAGCAGCAACAGCAGCACCGAGUGCAAGAAUCUCGACUCUCGACGCAACAACCCCACUUAUGACAGUGCUGGAAUCUGCGAUACCCACGCAACUGACGACAGCGGAUCGCUCUGGAGGCUAUGACCUUCGUCGUCCAGAGUCACAAAGCCGAGUUUUGGCCAGAGGAUGCCCAGCUGUCGAGUACUCGCUUUCGGCAACGUCGCUCGAGUCGCGACAAUCCCUGCCGGUCAUGCAGCCGCCGCGAAUCGUUUAUGUUCUUGGUGGACCCGGCAGCGGUAAGGGAACUCACUGCCAGCGGCUCUCGAAAGAGUUGGGCUUCAAGCACAUAUCGCUCGGCGAUCUGCUGCGGAAGGAGGUCGAGCGCAACACUGUCAUUGGCCGGACGGUAGCGACGGCCAUGAUCAACGGCACGAUGGUCUCGGACGAGAUCGUCGUCGAGAUUCUGAGACGAGCGCUUCGAACCAUGGGCGGAGAGGUGGUUCUGCUUGACGGGUUCCCACGGACGGCCGACCAGGUCCAAGCGAUAUCCAAACUCGGGUUCAAGUGCGUGGGUGCUGUCGGCAUUGAGGUUGGGCAGCAGGAGCUCGAAGCCCGGCUGCUGAAACGAGGCAGGCGAGACGAUAAUUGCGCUGCUGUGCAGGAGCGGAUUCGGUUCUGGGGCCAUGAGGGCCAGUCGGUCACCGAGCAGAUGAGCCGGCAGAUCCUCAAGCCCACCUGGGUCAACGGCGAAGGCUCCUUCGAGGAUGUGUACCAGAGCGUCAGCGACGUGGUCAAGAGGUUUGCUGGAAGCCCGGAUCCGUCGGUCCGGCCCGAAUGGAAGGUGUGGGCAGACAAGAUUGGCGCGGCGCUGAACAGCAGCCCGGCUGGCGCUGGAGGACGGGUGUAGU